UUAAUUAUUUAAAUAAAAAUAAAAAAAAUAUUUAAGCGGAUAUAUGUUGUGGGAGCGGCAAGUGCAGUGAAUAAUUUAGAAAGAGGUAAACUUAGAGAGUCUGUGGCAUUUGAAGCGCUGAAACCAACGUACGACGCUGCUACAUUAAUGCUUUUUCCACUUUUUUCUCUCUUGUGACUCUGUGGGGUCUCUUCCUCUGUCUUGUCUAAUUCCCUCUUUCUCUCUCUCUCACAGUACCAUGUCUUUACUCUACAAUCCCAGGGUAUAUUUUCUCCCUCUCUCUCUACGAUAAUGCUAAGGGUGGUGCUUCUCCCUUUCCCAUUUCUGGAUCUUUUAAUGCCCCAAAAUUGUGCUCUUCCACAUGGACCCUCACAACAUGCCUCCCUCAACAAGCACGCUGCUAGAUACAUGAUGAAGAGUUCAAGUUUCAAGAAAUGGGCUGUGGGAUUUGCACAUGGAAAUGAAGGAAAGGCAACGUUGGAAGUCUGAAGAGGAUGCAUUGUUAUGUGCUUAUGUGAGACAGUAUGGUCCUAGAGAAUGGAAUCUUGUAUCUCAGCGCAUGAACACGCCUCUUAACAGGGAUGCAAAGUCAUGCUUGGAAAGGUGGAAGAACUACCUCAAGCCUGGCAUCAAGAAAGGCUGUCUAACCGAAGAAGAGCAGCGUCUUGUGAUCCGGCUUCAAGCGAAACAUGGCAACAAGUGGAAGAAAAUCGCUGCAGAAGUUCCUGGUAGAACUGCCAAGAGGUUAGGCAAGUGGUGGGAGGUGUUCAAAGAGAAACAACAAAGGGAGAAACAAGAGAUUCACAAAGCAAUUGGCCCAGUUGAUGACACCAAAUAUGAUCAUAUACUAGAGACUUUUGCUAAGAAACUAGUGAAAGAACAACACCCUUCACAAUCACCAUACCUUAUGGUUGCUGCAUCUAAUGGACCUGCAUCUGCAUCUGCAUCUGCAUCAUCGGCAUUGUUUCCUCCUUGGCUUUCAAAUUCUAGCAGCACCAAUCCCUCAUCAGCAAUUAGGCCACCUUCCCCUUCUGUGACACUAAGUCUCUCCUCCUCAACAGCGUGGCUACAACCCGAAAGACGACUAGGGAAUGCAGCAACACCUCAUGGUGGAUCUGUUUCAGCCUUCGGUGAUAACAUGAUGGUCUCAGAGUUGAUAGAGUGCUGUAAGGAGUUGGAAGAAGGGUAUCGUGCUUGGGUGGUGCACAGGAAGGAGGCGGCUUGGCGGUUGAGAAGGGUGGAGCUGCAGUUGGAGGCAGAGAAGGCAAGCCGAAGGAAGGAAAAGAUGGAUGAAAUUGAGGCAAAGAUUAAGGCUCUUUGGGUGGAACAGAAUGCUGUUUUGGAUAGAAUUGAAUCAGAAUGCAGAGAACAGUUAGCAGGGAUGAGGAGAGAUGCAGAAAACAAGGAGCAGAAGUUGGCUGAGCAAUGGAAUGCAAAGCACAUGAGGGUAGUGAAAUGUAUGGAGCAAGUAGGAUGCAGAAUGCCACAGAUUGCUGAGCCUAAUGGAAGAUAAGAUUAAAGACAUCACUCAGAAAUUUGUUCUUUAUUAGGUAUAUUUGUUUUGAAGUUUGAGCAUUUCAAACGUCAAUUUGAACCGACACAAGCCUAUCUAUUAAGGUGUCUUGAAAGUAGUAACAACAUCAAACCAAACACACAUUGUAGUUUGGAUCUUGUAAUCCAACUACCUCCGUUAAUGCAACUAGAGGAAUUUGAUUUGUAUUAAUGUAAAUGUGCAGUCUUGUAUGAGUUGCAUUGCAUCUUUCAUGCUAAUUUUCCUGCGUACUGUGUUGCAUCUCAAUAGAAGGGAGAAUGUUGUGUUGUUUAUGCUAAAAUUGCCACUCAUUUGGGCUA